UACAAAACAUUCCAGAGAAAGAAAAAAUGUCCACCAAGAUUCCCAUUUUCGCAGCCCUUAUCUCCUUGUUCUCCCGAUUUGUUCUCCGGCGAUAUCGAAACCUUAAGCCGAAAUACCAGAAAUGCUCUUCUUUGCCCCGGCAAAUCGAUCUCUCACACCAUACAUUGAUCUUCAACGUGGAAGGAGCCCUGUUGAAAUCGGAGUCUCUCUUCCCUUACUUCAUGCUCGUGGCCUUCGAGGCCGGAGGGGUAAUGAGGUCGUUUAUCCUCCUCGUUCUUUACCCUUUAAUCUGUGUUAUGAACGCCGAAAUGGGCAUGAAGGCGAUGGUAAUGGUUAGCUUCUUCGGGGUGAAAAGUAAGAGCUUCAGAGCAGGAAGGGCGGUCCUUCCCAAGUUCUUCCUUGAAGAUGUCGGGAUGGAGAUGUUCGAGGUUUUGAGGAGAGCGAGGAAUAGAGUCGGAGUGAGCGAUCUUCCACAAGUUAUGAUUGAAGGGUUCUUGAAAGAUUACUUGGAGAUUGAUGUCGUGAUCGGGAGAGAGAUGAAGGAGUUUUGUGGAUUCUUCGUUGGAUUGAUGGAGGACAGGAAGACAAACGAUGAAUCGAUGUUUUCGCAAGAGAAGCUAAGUUGUGGCAAUGUUGUCGGCAUCACUUCCUUGAGCAGGCCCCUUCACCAUUAUAAUCUCUUCUCUCAUUGUCAGGAAAUUUACUUCGUGAGGAAUUGCGACAAAAGAAACUGGCAAACCCUACCACGAAACUCCUAUCCCGAACCGCUCACCUUCCACGACGGUCGGCUCGCUAUCAAACCAACCCCUUUGAGCUCUUUGGCUCUCUUCAUGUGGGCCCCAUUCGCUGUAGCGGCCUCCAUAGCCAGACUCGUUAUUGCCCUCACCGUCCCCUUCGCUGCCUCCAUCCCCUUACUCUCCUUCUCCGGCCUUCGUCUCACGGUCGCCAUUAAUGGAGGCCGUGACCAGACCAACGGAAAAGGUUGUCUCUUUGUGUGUAACCAUAGGACAUUGUUAGACCCACUUUACAUUUCUUUCGCUCUCAAGAAGAAAAACAUGUCCGCCGUCACGUACAGUCUGAGUAGGGUUUCCGAGAUUUUGGCACCGAUCAGGACCGUGCGUUUGAACCGCGACCGCAAACGCGACGGCGAGACGAUGGGCAGGUUGUUGAAGCAAGGAGAUCUCGUGGUUUGUCCUGAAGGGACAACGUGCAGGGAACCUUAUCUACUUAGGUUUAGUCCUCUUUUCGCGGAGAUCAGUGACGUCAUCAUUCCGGUUGCCGUUGACUCCCACGUGACCUUCUUUCACGGCACGACGGCCAGUGGGCUCAAGGCCUUUGACCCGCUUUUCUUCCUCAUGGACCCUUCUCCGUCCUACACCGUCCGAUUGCUUGACCCCGUUCCCGGGUUGUCCACGUGUCAAGAUCCUGACGGGAGAGCAAAGUUCGAGGUGGCUAAUCACGUGCAGAGGGAGAUCGGGAAGGUCUUGGGUUUCGAGUGCACCAACCUCACCAGAAGAGACAAGUACUUGAUCUUGGCCGGUAACAAUGGCAUCGUUGGCAAAAAUUAGAUUUAUUUUUGGUAAAUAAUCAAAAUUGUUAGGAGUUGAUAUUUUAAGCGAUUAUACUUUGAUGUCCUUGUGAAACCGUAGUUGGAGUUGUAAUCGAUGUUUUAU